ACUGACUGGCAUUGAUAGGUGGCACUGACUGGCACUGAUGGGUGACAUUGAAAGGCAGCUCAGAUGGGCACUGAUGUGUGGCAUUGAUGUGCACUGGUAUGCACUGAUAUGUGGCAUUGAUGUGGCACUGAUGGGCACUGGCAGGUGGCCCUGACUGCUGGCACUGAUGGACACUGACGGGUGGCACUUCUGGGGCCACACUGAUCAUCAGUGCCCUGAUGAUCAGUCUGUCAUCAUGACAGCUCGAGAGGAGAGAAAUGCCGAUAACCGGCAUU